AUCAACACUAAAACAACGACAACACGGCCGGGUGCCACUUCCACUCCUUUGAUUCUCCCUGAGGCCUCUCACUAAGCCACUGAAACUCUCAAUUCACUCGAAAAGUGUGUUCCGCAGCACCCGCAUCUUUCUCCAGUUCAGCACACAAUGGCCAGCGCAACCGGCAUCCCCGCUGCUCCAGCACCUAAAGCGCCCGCAACGCCCAUUGAGCCCCUCAACACCGACGUUGCGCGCAUCUAUACGCAUAUCCAUCCCAUUCUUGUGCUCUCGCUCUACGCGUAUAAGUUCAAGGAUCUCGUCGCCGACCCUGUCCCAGCGCUCCUGAGCACACUGCUCCCCCUCGCUGUCCUACAAAUAGCAUUUGUAGCUGUUUGCCUACCGCCCACGAGCGGUACGAGCUCCACACAGAUCAAGAAACAGAAGCGCGGCGAGAAGAAGAAGGCUGCGCCUAGCACGAUUGAGAGGGGCAUCAAUGGGACGAUUGUGCCGGCUUUCCUCUCCCUACUCCUCACGACCCUGGCUUCGACGCCACUCCUUACCGCUACGCUCGUUCUGUUCGGCGCUCCGGUGACCUCACACCACACGCACACGCUCUUGGCUGGCGCGCAUAUCGCGGUGCUGAGCACACUGCCGCUGGUCUAUGCACAUGGCGUCAGCGGCGAGACGUGGAGGGAGGUUGUGGCGCUUUUGCUGCCGAUUGAUGAGGUCUAUGGGGGUUUGAUUGGCACGGUGCUGGGUGCUUGGUUGGGCGCUGUGCCUAUCCCCUUGGACUGGGACCGCGAGUGGCAGAAGUGGCCCGUCACGAUCGUCACAGGUGCGUAUAUUGGGUAUGCGGUGGGCAAGCUGUUGGGAGGUACGCUGCUCAAGGGCAAGAAGAUCAUGUUCGAGUGA